AUGACAGAGACGAAGCCAACGACGCAAAAUCAGCUGCCGAGUGGAAGCCACAGUAAUAUUCCGGUGAGCGAGGUUUAUUGGGCUCUGGUGGCCAAGGCCGACAGGAAAUUCGCCAAGAUUCGAGAUUUGCCCUACUAUCAACGCACUAGAUAUGAUACAUAUUUCUACAAAGUCUUUAAGGUCUAUACCCAGUUAUGGAAGUUUCAACAAGAGAAUCGACAUAAGUUGGUGGAGUCUGGGCUGAAGAGAUGGGAGAUUGGGGAGAUUGCCUCCCGAAUAGGGCAGCUUUAUUUUGGGCAGUACAUGAGGACUGGUGAGGCCAGUUAUUUAUCAGAAUCUUACGUAUUUUACGAAGCAAUCUUGACGAGGGAGUAUUUCAAGGAUGGACUGCAUCAGGAUGUCAAACUCGCCAGCAAGCAAUUGAGGUUCCUUGCUCGGUUUCUGACAGUUUGUCUGGUGUUGAACCGUCGAGAAAUGGUUUAUCAGCUGGUGAAUCAGCUUAAAAUGAUGCUCGACGAGUGCAAAAGGACUUUCCAGGAAAUGGACUUUAAAGAGUGGAAGCUCGUGAUACAGGAGAUAGUUAAAUUCCUGAAAGCUGACACAGCUUUUAUGAAUAUCAGGCCUUUGAGAUAUAGUAUCGUGUUGGAUCUUCACCCAGAUGCAUUCCCCCAUGUUGUGGAUGCAAAGAGGAAAUUAAGACUGAGAGAUGCUUUGUUGUGCAGCUACCAUCCUAACGAGGUCAAAUUUUCAGAACUCACACUUGACACAUUUAGGAUGCUACAAAGUUUAGAAUGGGAACCCAGUGGUUCAUUUUACCCAGGAAGUAUUGCUACCUCAAGUGGAACAGGAUCUGGUGCCAGUCAAAAUGGGGCUUCAGGGCCUAGUCGUGUCAAUCAGGAUAUAACUGAUCCUAUUUUGCCACCAAACCCACGGAAAGCCAUCUUGUUCCGCCCAUCUGUCACUCAUUUCAUGGCAGUUUUAGGCACGGUUUGCGAGGAGCUUCCUCCUGAUGGAAUACUCUUGAUUUAUGUUUCAGCAUCAGGAAAUAGCUCACGUGCUUCAUCAUCUCCGUCUCGUGCUGGGAGUUCUGUUUACACAGAAAAUAUUGUACGGGGCUUUCAGUUUCACUCCAGCACCAAUGACUCUAGCUCAGUUAAUUGUUAUAGCGAUUCAGUAGAUCGUGCUGGUGAUACGGCUGAUUGCUUACAUCUUGGACCUCGUGGACAUGGAGGUAGCACGAACUGUAUAUAUCCUUCUGAUUUACUGCCCUUCACUAGAAGGCCCCUGUUUGUAAUCAUUGACAGUGAAAAUAGUAAAGCCUUCAAGGUUUUGAGUGGAUCAGAAAAAGGAGAGCCGGUUGCCGUUCUACUAUCUCCAGCCACAUCAUUACUUUUGCCAGCUGUAGAAUCCUCUCGUCAAUCUAAUGGAAGCUUGUUCACGAGUUUUCUGACAGCUCCUUUGCAGUCCUUUGUUCUUUUACUUGGGUUUUCUGGCUCUGACAUGGAAAAUGACCUGUGCAGUAAAGCUGAUAAGCUGCUCCAGUCCUCAUUAAGUGAACUUGGGUCGUUAUUGGCUACCGCAGUUAAUCUCGAUCCUGUGUGGGCCCAAAUUCUAGCGGAUCCAUUCUUGAGACGACUCCUUUUAAGAUUUGUAUUUACUCGGGCAGUGUUAUCUCUUUUCUCCCCAUCUUUCAACAAGCCCGAGUUUCUACCCGAAUGCAUGCCUUGUCUUCCGGAAGUCAUGUCACCCAUUAGCCCCACUUGCCAAGAAAUCGUCUUGCAAUUAGCUGACUUGUUUGGAGCAACAAGCAAGUUCCAACCAUCAGAAGAAACAAUGCACAUUGAUGUUUAA